GUUCUUUAGCCAUGACUGAAAGAUGUCAAACGAAGUUUACAGAGAAUUUUGAUAAUAAAAAUUAUAUUAUAUACGUUGGAAUUCUUUGCCCAUCUUUUGCUGUGCUAUAUUUCUACAGAUUUCACUUUGCUAUUAUAGCCUUUAGCUAUGUGCUGGGAUGUUUGGCUUGUUAUUACGGUUUGAAUUCGAACAUUUUGCGGAACUAUGUGUGUAAAUUGAAGUGCCACUUGUUCGGCGAGACGACAGAGGACGUACAAGAUGCUCCGGUAAAAGGAUGUGUGACUUGCGGGUCAAAGGAGUGCAACCGCCAUGAUGCCAGCAACGGCACAGAACCCUGGACAGGAUUACAGAUACAUAAACAACUUGACCAAGCCAUAGAAGAUGUUGAUCCAGGAAUGGGACAUACUUACAUAUACCUCAAUGGUGGUUUUUACAUCUUGUGUACAAUGGUCUCUGUCCACAUGGAGAAACAUCCUACCACCCGCAACCUGUAA